UGUAGUGCAUUCUCCUGUGUUCCAAUGGCGUGUCGAGACAGCGGGGACAGUAGGAUUUUACUAUGUUUAGGAGUUUUACUGGUUGCUAGUUCAUUUAGCCAUUGCACAAGACUGACAAAGCUUAAAGCCUUGGAUACACGAAGAAGAAACUCUACAAGUAGCAAUGGGCAAGCUAAAGGAAGUGAACGGCACCAUGGAAGACUCUUAAUAGGGCUACAUUCUCAGCAAGGAACCACAAAGAACCUUCUGGAUGUUGAUGCAGAUUACCAAGAUGACAUGGCUUUGUAUGAAGGCUAUUCAAAGCAAAACAGUGAGGCAGUGGAACGUCUUCUCAAAAUGGAACCAAAGGUUGAAUGUACAGGCAGCUCCAUGAGGCUUGAAGUCCAAGAUGCUGCUUCUACCCCUGGGUCUCUCUUCUUUGUGGACAGGGGAAGCCGCCUGUCUCCACUGCCUUUGUCAAAAUUGCCACAAAGCUGCGGUUACACCAUCAGAUCAACACGGAGCGAUUUGUUCUUAGUUGCCCCUUACGAUGGUUGCUUUGUCGCUGUUGAGGAGGACUGCUACGUUCUCCCAUUGCGUUGGUGUGGGUUACCAGUGAGGAUGUCAUGCCCUAUGAUGAAGCAGUCAUCACCUGACCCUCCGAUGGUCACCUGCCAUGAUCAGGGCAUGGUCGUGAAAACUAGUUGGAUAGUCCCUGUUGCUAAAAUUAGAGUAAAUUUGGAUGGUAACUGGGAGCCAUUGACGAAGGCAUCAGCCAGAUGUGGGUUCAGUGUAGUCUUGCAUCCUGAAGGGGCAGUAAUCUCUGUUCGCUAUGCACCCUGUCUGGGCAGCAAGGAUGGCAUGUACACCCUUGAAUUGGCUGGUGAGGGAGAAACUACAAUCUCCUGUCCAUCAUUGUCAGCUGUUCCAGAGUUUCCUGGGAAACCAUAUCAAGGGUCAGAGGAUAUCAAAGAACCCAAGUUGCCUCAACCUCCUCAAGGACAAGUACAACAGCCCUUCUUCCCCUACUAUCCUCAGCCACAACCUGAAAAGGCCACCACAGCCCCACAACCUGAAGCGCCAACCAUUACUUCAGGGCCCGAAAAGCUAACUGCACCUCCCAUACCUCCCCAGCCUGACACUCCUCAGGGCCCAGUACAGCAGCCCUUCUUCCCCUUCCCCCACUACCCUCAUCCAGUGCCUGACCAGCCAACUGCAGCCCCCAACCCUCCACAGCCUGACGCCCCACAGGGCCCAGUACAGCAGCCCUUCUUCCCCUUCCCCCACUACCCUCAUCCAGUGCCUGACCAGCCAACUGCAGCCCCCAACCCUCCACAGCCUGACGCCCCACAGGGCCCAGUACAGCAGCCCUUCUUCCCCCACUACCCUCAUCCAGUGCCUGACCAGCCAACUGCAGCCCCCAACCCUCCACAGCCUGAUGCCCCACAGGGCCCAGUACAGCAGCCCUUCUUCCCCUUCCCCCACUACCCUCAUCCAGUGCCUGAAAAGCCAACUCCAGCCCCCAAACCUCCACAGCCUGACGCCCCACAGGGCCCAGUACAGCAGCCCUUCUUCCCCUUCCCCCACUACCCUCAUCCAGGGCCUGACCAGCCAACUGCAGCCCCCAAACCUCCACAGCCUGACGCCCCACAGGGCCCAGUACAGCAGCCCUUCUACCCCUUCCCCUACUACCCUCAGCCAGAGCCUGAGAAGCCAACUAUUGCUCUGAGGCCUCCACAGCCUGACAACCCUCAAGGACAAGUACAACAGCCCUUCUACCCCUACUAUCCUCAGCCACAACCUGAAAAGGCCACCACAGCCCCACAACCUGAAGCGCCAACCAGUACUUCAGGGCCCGAAAAGCUAACUGCACCUCCCAUACCUCCCCAGCCUGACACUCCUCAGGGCCCAGUACAGCAGCCCUUCUUCCCCUUCCCCCACUACCCUCAGCCAGUGCCUGAAAAGCCAACUUCCGCUCCAAAACCUCCACAGCCUGACGCCCCACAGGGCCCAGUACAGCAGCCCUUCUUCCCCUUCCCUCACUACCCUCAGCCAAUGCCUGAAAAGCCAACUUCUGCUCCCAAACCUCCACAGCCUGACACCCCACAGGGCCCAGUACAGCAGCCCUUCUUCCCCUUCCCCCACUACCCUCAGCCAGUGCCUGAAAAGCCAACUUCCGCUCCCAAACCUCCACAGCCUGACACCCCACAGGGUCCAGUACAGCAGCCCUUCUACCCCUUCCCCCACUACCCUCAGCCAGUGCCUGAAAAGCCAACUUCCGCUCCCAAACCUCCACAGCCUGAUGCCCCACAGGGCCCAGUACAGCAGCCCUUCUUCCCCUUCCCUCACUACCCUCAGCCAAUGCCUGAAAAGCCAACUUCCGCUCCCAAACCUCCACAGCCUGACACCCCACAGGGCCCAGUACAGCAGCCCUUCUUCCCCUUCCCCCACUACCCUCAGCCAAUGCCUGAAAAGCCAACUUCCGCUCCCAAACCUCCACAGCCUGACACCCCACAGGGCCCAGUACAGCAGCCCUUCUUCCCCUUCCCCCCACUACCCUCAGCCAGUGCCUGAAAAGCCAACUUCCGCUCCCAAACCUCCACAGCCUGACACCCCACAGGGUCCAGUACAGCAGCCCUUCUACCCCUUCCCCCACUACCCUCAGCCAGUGCCUGAAAAGCCAACUUCCGCUCCCAAACCUCCACAGCCUGACGCCCCACAGGGCCCAGUACAGCAGCCCUUCUUCC